CAAGUGGGUGAAGGGGAAGGAGACCAGGAACAGUUGGUGGUCUUUGUCAUGGAAUUGAAUAUGACCUGGCCCAGGAGUGAGCCCCAUAAGGAAGGCCAGGAGCAGGUGGAGCAGUUACAGGCCUAGCUACUGAACGACACCAAGACAUCCAACCAGGGAUUGGUGCUUUGGAAGUGGACAUGGAAAUGCUAGAAGACCUUGAGUCUCUGAGGUUUGAGUUUGGGAUUCCAGAGGAAGAACGUUACUGGCUGUACUUACAGGGCCGUUAUCGGGGAUUGAUGAUCAAGGGCUGUGCCCAUGCAGCCUUCUUCUGCAAAAUGUUCUCUACUUUGAGCAACUUAUUGCAGAAUCUGCCACGCACAAUACAUCCCCGGACUGUGUCAUUUGAUAACGCCGCUACUGAGGAUGAACUGCUAACCGUGGGCAUCAUUGGGUGUGGCCACCUUGGAAAGCAGCUGACUAAUGUAUUGCUGAAAACCGUCCCUAUCCCUGCCGAGAACCUGCAGAUCUCCACUAGGAGGCCAGAGUCCCUGGGUGAGUUACGGAAACUAGGGGUCCGGUGCGUCUAUGACAACGCUGCUGUGGCGAGCUGGGCCAAAGUGUUGUUCCUCUGCUGUCUGCCUGCCCAGCUGCCUAAUAUCUGCCUAGAAAUUCAAUCCAAACUCAACAAGCACUGCACCGUGUACAGCUUUGUAUCCGCCAUUCCGCUACCCAGGUUGAAAAGUUUACUGAACCACACCAAUAUCCUGAGGCCCCAGUACCAAUUUGCUGAGGAUUAUGACAACAUCUGGGGAGAGAAUGAGGAGGUCCCAAUUGCUCUCCAAGAUACAACGAUUAUCCGGGGUACCUGCCCCUACAAUAAUCUUGGGGGAGUAAUCCUUAAUGUCAAGUGGAUAGAGGGGCUGUGCUAUGCCCUCAUCAAUGCCUGUACGUCAAGGAGCGUGUUUCACUCACAGGUGCUGAAGCUUCUAAACAAACUGCUUCUCCCUAUGCACUUAGAAAGCUGCACGACAGACCCAGAAUCCUGCCCCCAGUUUAAUUUAACAGAUUUCAUGAGCAAAAGCUACGUCAAAAACUUGUAUCAAAAAAGGCCUUUCCCCUGGUUUGAUCUGACUACUGUGCAACUCAAGGAAACUCCUUUUAGCCAGCACAUCUCAGCCACUCCUUCUCUUCAGGACCACAUUAGUCUUUUGUACUGUGAAGUAUUUGGCCUCACCAUAAGCGAAGAAGAAUUGCCUUAUAUUUCCACAGUUAUCCGGCCCCUAGUAGAGGAGAAAUGACAGAGAGCCAUGAGUUCUGCUUGAUACCCGAGUGAAGAAUAAAAUAGGAGAUCCUCCUCUAUAUGUCAGUAUUCUUGGGUGUUUCUUAGAAACAAUCUAGUCCAUUGCUUCCCCCAAGCCCUUGUCAACACA